GACGAUGAGCGUCGAGCGCGACGCAAUUGCUCGAACCGCUGGCCGUAGGAGGUUAGUGCUCGUUGGCACAGUCUGUUCGAUCGGUGCAGCAUCACUGAGCGACGACAGCGGCUGACGAGCACUGCUUGCGCCGCACAGCCUACAGCCUGAGGCAGCCAGACCUCACGGCGUCGCGCAUUCAUCAUGCGCCGCCUGCACGCCAUCAUGCUGCUCGUCGCAGCCCUGGCCAAAGAACCAGAAACGCUGGAGAUGAAGUACGAGGACCCGGUCGACGGUCCUUUAAGGGACAUGGACCUCGACCUCACGAUGGUCAUCGACGAAGAGAUCAAGAAGCUCAUGACGCCGGAGCAGCUGGAAGAUUUGGAGAAUGCCGCGUUUCAAGAAACUAUUAAGCAGUCGAGAGGUGAGAGAGAGAGCCAAGGUGUCCGGGACCAGUGGGAGAGUAAAGAUGGCAUCGGACGUAAAGAGGAUUUGCGGAGGAAGAUGACGAAGAAGACGCGACGACGGUUGGAGGACCACGGCUUGGACUGCAAGGGCUGCACGAAUGCGGAGGCGAUUGAUGUGAUUAACGACUUUGUACGCAGAGAACAGAAGCGGAUCAAGUCCGAGGAGUACUACGCCGAGCGGCGGAGGAAGAUCAUGGGGUUUUUGGUGCCCUUUGGUUCCCUGGUAUUGUUGUUAAUGAUAGGGUUCCUGGUCUUGCAGGCGUCGGCGGCGGCCGUGGAUAGACCGCGAAAAGUGGACGACGAAAUCCGCGAGGCCAUCCGCCAGACGCAGUUCUACGCCGAGGCGAUGGCGGCAGCAAAAGCCGAGUCGCUCGCAAAGCCGGCGCCGACGUGGCGCGACAACGAGGAGCUCGAGGAGUGGACGCCGCGUCAAGAAAAGCAGUUCCGGAAGGCGCUCGGGCCGCUCCUGGGUCUCCCUCCAAAAGAGCGAUGGCGCCUCGUCGCCGAAAAGGUCGAGGGCAAGGACCACAAGGAGUGCGCGGCGCACUAUAAAUUGCAGCAGAUCCUGGAGAAAGAGGCGGCCGAGGGGAAGAAGGACGCAUAGAGUAACGUGUUAUUUGUUA